AGACUCCAUUCACUGAAUACUGGUGAAAAAACAUAAAGAUGAGGAAGCAUGCUCUCUCUAAUCUCUUAUUCCUACUAAACUUGGCCACUUUGCUCAUCACUUCUUUUGCUUCAGCCAACUGCCCUCCUCCCUCUCGUCCUUUGCCACCCCACGGUGGCCAUCCCCCACAUGUUAGGCCACCCACUCCUGUGAAACCACCCCAUCCGCCUCAUAUUUCUCCACCCAAACCACCAAUUGUGAAACCUCCCAUUGUACACCCAUCACCACCUUAUGUGCCCAACCCACCAGUCGUGCCGUCACCUAGACCUCCACAGUCACCGCCUGUCGUGCCAUCACCAACUCCACCGGCAGGAGGCACGUGCUCCAUUGACACUCUCAAGCUAGGUGCGUGUGUGGACGUGUUGGGUGGCCUUGUGCACGUAGGGAUUGGCAGCAGCGCGAAGGACGCGUGCUGCCCCGUGCUGCAAGGACUGGUGGACUUGGACGCCGCCAUUUGCCUUUGCACCACCAUUAAGGUUAAGCUUCUGAAUAUCAACAUCAUCCUCCCAAUUGCUCUUCAGCUCCUUGUUGACUGUGGCAAGACUCCGCCGGAGGGGUUCAAAUGCCCCGCCUAGAAAACGGCUCCGUUUUACUCUUUUUAUAGCUAUUGCAUGCACUACUUGUUUCUCAGGAUGUACGUCACUUUGUAACAAAAUAAAAAGUGAGAUGUUUCCGUCAUCUUCUUUGUUGUAUAUCAUCAAAUCGAUAUAGUACUUUGAGAAUUUCGAGUUUAUGAAGUUUAUAAAUUUCGUUUA